AUGAAGGUGGCAAAUUCAAUUCGAAGAGUCUUCAUUGCAGAAGUCCCCAUCAUAGCCAUUGACUGGGUCCAGAUAGACGCCAACUCCUCUGUGCUCCAUGAUGAAUUCAUUGCACACAGGCUGGGUCUCAUCCCACUCACCAGCGAUGACAUUGUGGAUAAGAUGCAAUAUUCCAGAGACUGCACGUGUGAUGAGUUCUGUCCGGAGUGCUCUGUGGAGUUCACCCUUGAUGUCCGGUGCAAUGAAGACCAGACUCGUCAUGUCACGUCCCGCGAUCUCAUCUCCAACAACCCCCGGGUCAUACCGGUAACAUCUCGGAGCAGAGACAAUGACCCCAAUGACUAUGUGGAGCAGGAUGACAUCCUCAUUGUGAAGCUGCGGAAGGGCCAAGAGCUGAGACUGCGAGCCUAUGCCAAGAAGGGCUUUGGCAAGGAGCAUGCCAAGUGGAACCCCACGGCAGGCGUAGCCUUCGAGUAUGACCCAGACAACGCACUGAGGCACACCGUGUACCCCAAACCAGAGGAGUGGCCCAAAAGUGAGUACUCGGAGAUUGACGAGGAGGAUGCUCAGGCUCCCUAUGACCCCAAUGGGAAGCCAGAGAGGUUUUAUUACAACGUGGAGUCCUGUGGUUCUCUGCGCCCUGAGACCAUCGUUCUCUCCGCGCUGUCUGGCCUGAAGAAGAAACUGAGCGACCUCCAGACCCAGCUGAGCCAUGAGAUUCAGAGCGAUGUUCUCACUAUAAACUGAGGUGGCCCCUUGCAAGAGAGAGCUCAGGUGUGAGUGAUGCAGAAGGUUCCAGCGCUCUGGACCAAGGCUUUUGCUGCCCCAUCUCCUGCUUUUCCUGACCCAGCUCUGCUGGUUGAUGACACCUCUUCCUUGGCCCCCCUUCCCAGGGAAAGCCAUCGUAAUGUGUAGGGUAAAGCAGGAGGGGAAUCGGUGAGCAUCUUUGCUAGGACAGGCUUUUUCUCUAAGUGAUCCCAGAGUUUUAGGACAGAGUUUUGGAUUCUGGCCAUGUGGCGUUUGGGAUUGGGAAGCAUGUACCUUGGUUACACAACCCUACCUUAUUUGCAUGUCUGUUCCUUACUGUGCUGAAUAAAGCCUUACCC